GUAUUAUAUGUCGUCCAUAUUGUUUAUUUUGUUUUUGCUUUCCGGUAGCGGGAAUUUUUUCAACAUAAUAUUUAUUUUCCAUUUAUUGUGCAAGCAUAGUAAUAACUAAAAUUUUUAUAGUACAAUAUAGUAAAGAUUUGUUUUUGCUAUUCAAUACAAACCUUAUUCAUAAGUGUAUAAAGUAAUUAACAGUAAUGUCUGAAAAGGAAGAACUUGCUUUACCAUCAGCAGUGAUAACUAGACUGUUAAAAGAUGCUAUCCCAGAUGGUAUAAAUAUUUCUAAAGAAGCAAGAGCAGCAGUUUCUAGAGCAGCUGCUAUUUUUGUUCUUUAUACAACUGCUUGUGCCAGUCAUGCCCAAGCUGCAUCUCAGCGCAAAACUUUAACAAUAGAUGAUGUGUAUGCUGCACUAGAAGAUAUGCUUUUUGAGGAUAUGAUCGAUCCCAUAAAAGAAAGUUUGCAAGCCUAUCAUGCCCAAAAGAGUAAGAAAGAAUCUUUGUCUAAUUCUCCAACCAAGGGUGAGAAGGUUCCAAAAAAGAGAAAACGUUCUCAAAGUGCAACGGCUAAAGAAACAGAAAGUGCUAAUGUCUUUGAUGCCAGUGCUUCUCUGUUUGCAGGAACUAGCAGUGAUUUAAUGACUGGAGAACUAGAAACUGAUGUUUCUGCAGAAGUAACAAUUUAAUAUUUCUCAAAUGUAAAUAUAUGUACAUAUUUGUAAAUACAGGAUGAAAUUUUAUGGUCAUUAAACUUUCAUUUCUUCACCAA